AUGCGUAUCUUAGAUAACAGAGUUGUCUGUUAUAAUUUUCUAAUCUUUGCAACUAUCUUGAUUAUUUUCUACGUUCCGUCACUUCUGAAUAAACCUGAUUUCUUUUCUAAUUUUACCGCACUUGACCACCGGCAAAACUUGAGUAGAUAUAUCUAUAAAUACCCUAAUACAUAUCGCCAUUUAAAAUCAGAAUAUAAAAUUCUAUUGUGGACUCCAUAUUUUGAAAGUGAGGAUUGGAAUUUAGACAAUCUUUCGACGGUAUUCUCCAGUUGUCCAGUUUCUAACUGUGUUUUAUCAUAUGAUAAAUCGGAGUUGAAAUCCUCGGACGUGUUGCUCUUCCAUACUCGUGACUUUUAUACAAGUUACUACCCUCUUCCAAAAUAUCGGACCAACGAACAGCUUUGGGUUUUGAUGAAUAACGAAUCACCUGUCAAUGAGUACUUGGAUUACAGUAAAUUUAACGACGUUUUUAAUUGGACCGGAACUUAUCAUAAAAAUAGUGAAAUCCAUACUCCAUACGGCAAUGUGGAAAAAACUUCCCAAACGAAUGUCGCAACAGACGCAGCAGUGGAUGAAAAAAGAACAGGUGUUGUGUGGAUAGCCAGUAAUUGUGGAGACCACACACGCAGACAAUUGCUGGUACACGAACUUCAAAAGUAUAUCCACGUGGAUAAAUUCGGUUCAUGUGGAGAAGGAAAGUUAAGUAGCAAUUCUUAUGAAAAAGUUUUAUGUACAUAUAAGUUUUUUUUAUCAUUUGAAAAUUCCGUUUGUGAUGAUUACAUUACCGAAAAGUUUUUUCGGUUGUUAAGGGCUGGGAUAUUGCCUGUUGUGUACGGAGGUGGAAACUACAAAGAAAUUGCCCCACCCCAUUCUUACAUAGAUAUUCGUGACUUUAACAAUGCCCAGGAAGUAGCGGACUAUCUGAGUUACCUGGAAAGAAAUAAUACAGCAUAUAAUAAGUAUUUUGAAUGGAGGAAAGAGUAUAAGGUAACAAUGGCUGAUAACUGGUGUAAAUUAUGCCAGGCGGUGAACGUUAAGAGAAUACCCCAUCAAGUUUAUACCGAUCUGGACGGAUGGAUUAAUGCUGGUAGUUGUAAACAGUUUACAUGAGGAGAGUCUUCCAGUGGUUGAGCCAUAUUGACGGUAUCCGUAACAUUUUCCAGGUAACAUUUUAACAGACAAAUACCCAAACGAGUCAACUGGGACUGUGAACAGCAUUAAACAUGGCAUAUACCAGUCUUUUAACCCCCGAAGUGAAUAAGAAACGGUAUUUAUUAUCCAGGAGGACCAUAAACUCAAAACAUGGAACUAAAUUCGAGUAUUUACAGCUGUGAGACAUUCCAAUAAACUUACUGUAGAAUGAACUUACAUCUCAAGGGGGAUAACUUGUACUCAAUUUUUAACUGUGAAUAUUUGAGCAGAUUCAAUAUAGCUAAAUAUGAUCAAAUCUGUAAUUCUAAAAUACACAUAUUUAUUGUAAUAAUUUCGUGAUGUCGACCAUAAUACUUUUGUAUUAUGAAUAUUUAGGAAUCAAACCUCUGCCCCGAGGCUUGGGGAUAUAGAAGAAUUGUCGUCAUAAAAUCAUAUAUUAAAAGUACAGGUUACAUCAAUUCUGUAGGAAAUAUUCAUAGUUAAUUGUACUAUGUAAAGAAUUUCGUGAUGUCGACACUGGAACUUUUGUAUUGAGAUUCUAUUUUUUUAGAAGCUUGGGGGUAAAUCAAACUCAUCGUCAUAAAAUCCAAUAUUAAAAGUACAGGUUACAUCAAUUUAGUAGAAGACAUUUUAUACGUUCAAUUUGUCCAGUUUAAUCCCAUAGUUCAUUGUAUAAAGUUCGUGAUGUCGACCCUAAAACUUUUGUAUUGGGACUAUAUUUUUAAGGACCAAACCUCUUCCUAGAAGUGUGGAAGUAAAGCAGAAUUAUUAUCGCAAUAUCCCAAUGUCCUGUAUUAAAAGCACACGUUACACCAAAUCUGCAGAGCAUAUUUUAUAUAUUCAACUUGUCCCAUAGGUAAUGGUUAUGUAAAGAAUUUCGUGAUGUCGACCAUAGAACUUUUGUAUUGAGAUUUUAUUUUCUAAGGACCAAACUUCUGUCUAGAAGCUUUGAAGUAAAGCAGAACUAUUAUCACAAUAUCCCAUUAAAAGCACACGUUACACCAUUUCUGCAGGCGAUAUCUUAUUGUGUUUGACACGUUCCACUUGUCCAG